GCAACGUUUAUCACACUCGACACUUUUCACUUCAGUUAUGCACAUAUACCACUAGUUGAAUUGUGUGUGUCUGUUUCGUGUCGUUCGAUUUAAUUAUAUUGUCAUUAAAAAUAAUUUAUUUAUUUAAAAGUGUUGUGAAUUUUAUGUAUUAUUCGUGUGUUGUGAACAAGAUCUAAAGUUUGUGUAUGUGGUACUGUCAUAAAACUAUCGUGUGUGGAAAAAAAUUGUUUAUCAAACCGGGCAUCCACACAUUUGAAAAUGGCCAGACCUAAUCACCAAAUAAGACCGGCUUCACAUCAAAAUUAUCUCACAAAUCACGCAAGAAAUGUUACGCAGGGUUUGUAUCAUGGAAGAGUACCUAGACACGCACAACCAAGAAAUGUCAUCAAUCGGAAUAAUCAUCAGAACAAUGGUCCAACCCAUGUCGUUGGAAUUCCGACUGAGCCGGGAAAUGCUGGACAGGCAAUUGUAUUUCCUCCAUUUUCUUCAUCUAAUGUCCACCUUAAUCAUGAUCAUAAUCAGCAAUCAAUGCCUAUGUAUACUGUAAACAAUCCAAUUCCACAAAUACCUUUUCCUUCGCAACCGGCUCCUCACCAAUAUUUUGCUGGUUAUCAAACACCCAUACUUGUACCACAUAAUAUUAUUCCUUUUCAGGGAUCGCAUCAUCCGCAAAUGACACCAUUUUGUCUUCCACCACCGAAUCAAGUGCCAAACCCCCCCAUCCAUCAAAAUGUUUGUGGAGAAAAUAAUGUACCAUUGCAAGUGACUCAUCCUAGUCAUACCAUUAGUCCACCAAUCAUGCCAGUACAAAACAACAAUAGUGCCAAUAAUACAUACAAAAAACUAAAAACGAGACCAAAUGCAUUGAUGAAUAUAAUUGAUCCAGCAACUGGUAGGAAUGUCGCUGAGGACAUAUACCGAAGUGCAGCUACAUCUCCCCCAGUUAAGAAUGAAAAACCGAGCAUAAUCAGUAUUACUCAUCCAAAUCCUAUACAACGUAAUAAACCACCGAAGGUUUUCCCAAAAUUGAGUAUAACAAUCAGUCCUUCGUCAACUCUCUCAACAACGACGUCUUCUCAUUCUGAAAGCCUAUCACCAGUACCUGUAUCAACUAGUUCAAGAUUAAAUUCACCUGAUAAAUCUUCAAGUCAUAUCAGUAGUAAUCCUGAAAAUCCAGACGUUUCUUCAACUAUUGGAGGUGAUAAUAAUGUGAAAACUGUAGAGGAGAGUAAAUGUAUUGAAACAUUGGAGAUUCAAAGUAAUAAUGAUCCAUUAACUUCGGUACCUGAAGAGCAUUGUUCUCAAUCACAAACUGAUGACCAAAAUAAUGAACAAUCCUGUCAUCAUGAAAAUGAAUCAGACAAAACUUCGGAAGAGCCAAUAAAGCCAGAAGAAAAGAAAGAAGAAGUUGCUGUUUCACCUAAAACUGUAGGAUCAUCAAAAAACAACAGUGGAAAGUCACAAAAGAAGAAAAACAAACGUAAAUCCAAGAAUCGUGAUCUUAAUCGUAAUCAGUUACAAAAUUCAAGUACUAGUUCAGAAGAGUCAACGUCAUCAAGUGCACGAAUAGAGUCAUCAAGCCAAGAUGUCAAAGAAACCAAUUCAACUGUGAUUCCUGAUAUUAAAGAAGAAGAAGAAGAAUCAGCAGUAGAAAAUAUAAAACCAAUUGUCUGUGAUCAAAAUAAUAUAAAAAAUGAACCAAACGUAAAAAGUGAACCAGAAGAUUGUAAUGAAAGUAAAAUUAAUAUAAAAAUAGAAAAUUCAGUAGAUGAUCAACAACCACAAGAUUCAAAACAAUUAAAAUUAUCAAAUGAAGAAAGUUCAGCUCCAAUUGAAACAAAAAUUAAAAAAUGUGAUAUCAAGAUUGAAGCUUCUUCACUUGAAAACGUAGUCAAGUUAGAAAAAGAAGAUGUUGAAGAAGAUUUGUCUAGUCAAAAGAUAAAUAUUAAUGAUAUUAAAAGUGGACCAAUUGAAAUUCCUGGUGAUAUAUUUUCUUUUGAAACAACUAAAACCUGUGUCAUUAAUGAUGGCCCUGAUCAAUGUUACAUCCGUGGUGCCAAUGGAAUCAACUUCUUUUUUAGUGAAGUGUCUGAGAAAAUUGCAGAAUCAAAUCAAUCUCAAGAACAACAGAUUGUUAAUACAGUUCAAAAUUUAUCACAACAUGAUAAUGAAAUUGAAAAAGAACAAACAGAUAUUGAACUAGACCAUCGAAAAGAUAUUGAUAUCAAAUCAGAACUACAAAAAGAUGUCGACGUUGAAUCUGAACUACAACGUGACACUGAAAUUGAAACAGAACAAGAAAUGAACACCGAAGUUGAACCAGAACAAGAAAAGGAUGAAAGAAUCAAACAAGAGCAAUCUGAUUGCAGAGAACUUGAAGAAGAACAAACGGUGAUUCAUCAGAUGGAAAAAAUUCCUGAACUACAUGUUGACAAGUGUGAAGAACAGUCAAGUAAUGCUGAAAUUGAAAAUGAUGAAAAGCAGAAUGAUGGUGAAGUUCCCGAAAAAAUUGAAGUGGAAGAAAAACGACGAUUUAUUAAACCUCCAGCAUAUGAAAAUCGAAGGAUGAGUUUGGGUGAUGUUCCAGAAAGAAAAAUUUAUAGUCGAGAAUUUUUAGUGGACAUGAAAGACAAGGAAGAAUGCUGGAUUUGUCCUGAUUUACCCGAUGUUGACAUUGUGAAACACAACAUAAAGCGGCCAUCUCAAAAUUCAUCAGUUAUUCUAUCAUCACGAGACAGAAGUCAUGAGUUCUUAUUCCCCAGUUUUAGCAGAUCUUCAUUCAAUACGAAAGUGGCACCAACAAAUAGAAGAAGCUUCCAAGGGAAAUCUAAGCCACACAAACAAACCAUUAUUCAUGUUAGUUUAUCACUUAAUGAAGAUAUUAAAUUACGUCAAACGGAAAAUGCAUGGAAACCAUCACCCUUACAAAAAGGAAAUUCAAAAGAAGAAAAUAAUAAAGAUACAGUGCUUUUUAAGAAAAUGCGUAGCAUAUUAAACAAACUAACUCCGGAAAAAUUCGAUAACCUUGUUGAACAAGUAAAACAAUUAGAGAUUAAUUCGUUGGAACAAUUAAAAGGGAUAAUCGAUAUUUUAUUUCAAAAAGCCAUAGACGAACCACUCUAUUCGACUUAUUAUGCUUUAAUGUGUAAAGAACUGUCCGAUAAAAGUAUUCCUGAUAAUGAAAAAAAGGAGAAAAAAAUUAAUCUCAGAAUAUUAGUGAUUGCAAAUUGCCAAACAGAAUUUGAAAAACAUUUAACCGCUGAAUAUGAACAAAAUCAGAAAGCUAAAACAAUUGAAGGAUUAAAUGAGGAUGAUGAUAAAAAGAAAAAAGAAUUGGAACUAGAAGAAGAACGUAGUAAAACUAAAAGACGAUGUCUCGGAAAUAUUAAAUUUGUUGGUGAACUGUAUAAACAAAAAAUGAUUCAUAAUAAGAUUAUGAUAACAUGUAUCGAAACUUUAUUAAAAAGUAACGAUGAAGAAAGUCUUGAAAGCUUAUGUAAAUUGUUGACAACAAUUGGAAAAAUAUUAGAUAAAAAGAUAUCAUUAUCAUCAUAUUUUCAAAGUCUAGAAAAGCUAAUCCACAAGAACAAAAAGCAGAAAUUUAGUUCGAGAAUACGAUUUAUGAUACAAGAUGUCAUUGAACUUCGUAAUAAUAAAUGGAUACCUAGAAGACAAGAAAAUAAUCCACAAACAAUGGGUCAAAUUCAAAAAGAAGUCGAAACUGAACGUAUUAUCAACGACACACCGCUACUAACAUCGUCUCAGUCUUAUCUAUCUCAUAAAGAAUUUAUUACACCCCGAAAAGACGAACGUGAUAGUAACAACGAUAGAAGAAGAAGCUGUGCAAGAAGCAGCUCUAGUGUUGAUGAAGGUGGCUGGAACAGUGUUCGUAACAACAGAAAUCGGCAAUCAGAUUAUUUAUCAAUUAAAACAACAAAAUUAAAUGUUAAACCACCAGCAGCAGAAGAGACAACUUUUGGAAGUAGAUCUUCAUUCAUUUUCAAUCAAACUGCGGAAAAAAAUUCAAUUGUAGUGGCUCCAAAUAGAUAUGCCACUGUUGGUAAUAUUAUAAAACAUAGGAGAUCAUCAAUAGCUUCAUCUGAUCCACCGAAGGAAUUCAGACCUGAGUUUAAACCCUCGUGGACACAUGGUUCCAGCUCACGAAGUGAGAAUCAACGAGUCAGUUUAGAUCCAACGCAAACUCGCGACAGUUUAUCAAUACCUUCACCAGUCUUCGCAAGCAGAACACCAACCCCUCCAACACUAUCAUCAUCCACAUUUACGCCGAUAAGUAGGACACCUACUCCUCCAUUAACAUCAUCUUCAUCGAUAGAUAAUCGAAACAGUAACCUACCAGUUGAUAAAAAGAAACUAAGAAAUCUGGUCAAAUCACUUCUUGAUGAAUCUAGCUCGAGUGAUGUAAACUUAUUUAUGAAGAAUGCUCAAGAAACAAUUGAAGAUAAAUUUAAUACACAGUCCUAUCCAUUAUUGAUAGAAGAAGCUCUUAAUUCUGUACUUGAGAGAAAUCAGAUGGAAAGACAACGAUUUUCGACUUUGCUAGCUCAAUUAAUAAAGGAUGAGAUUAUUCCUCUUUCCGUAUUCCAAGCCGAAUUCGAGAAACUUUUGGAAAUCGCAGAUGAUCUUGUCAUUGACAUUCCUCAAUGUUGGGAAUAUUUUGCUGAAAUAUUAGUGGAAAUGGUUGCUAUGAAUGCUCAUCCUUUUAUUGAACUAACUCGGACGUUAGCUACUUUAAAAAACACAGGAAAAUGUGGUAAACUAUUGGGUAAAUUAUUAUCAAUAUUAGCAAAAGAAAAAACUCCUAAAUGGGUUAUUGAUAAUUGGAAUCAAAGUGGACUCAAAUGGAGUGAUUUGAUAAAUUCUGAAUGUGAAAAAGUUGACUUACUUGAAAAGUACAACCUAGAAUUUUUAGUUAAAGGCAUCAAUAAUAAUUGUGGAAAAUUGUCUGAGAACAAGAUGACAUUAGAACAGAUAUCAGAAUAUCUUCUGAAAUUAUUAAAGGAAGAAAAUUUUGACAAUAUUACAAGUUGGAUAUCUUUGAAUGUUGGUCAACAAUCAAAACAACCUCAAUUUGUCAGAUGCCUUGUAACUGACAUUCUUAAAACCUCUAUUGAAGCCAUUGACGAAUCAUGGAGACUAAAAUCAGAAACGUUUUGCAAGUUAUUACCUUUAAUAACUAGAUAUGUUGAUGCUAAACGUGAUCUAGAACUUCAAUGUCUUUAUGCUAUUCAAUCGUACAAUCACGAAUUAAUGUAUCCACAAGGCAUAUUAUCUAAAAUAAUUGACCAUUUGUGUGACCAAUAUGUAUUGUCAGACGAUGCAUUCAUUGAAUGGGGGAAAACUGAAAAUCCAAAUGAAAGAAAUGGACAUGCAGUUGCGAUAAAAACACUUACAUCAUUUUUUACUAAACUACGUGAAGCAGAACGCGAUGAUUCUAGUGAAUGAAAAAAAAAUUCAUUGUGUGUACAAAAAGAUUCUGAAAAACUCUGUUAUCUGAUACAAAUUCCAUACUAUACAAAUGAAUAUAUUGUGACGUGUGGCCUCAACUAAUGAAAUAAUUAUUAAUUUGAAAGCGUGAUCAUAAAUGUAGCAUGAAUUUAUAAUUGUCAUGAAAAAUGCCCGGAUGAUGACAAAACUAUAACAAACAUAGCAGACUUAAUAGCAAGAAUAUUAUGCACUCAAUAUUAGUGUAUACAUAUAAUAUAAGUUUAUUUCAUAAGAAAAUGUAAACGAUGUAAAUAGUUUUGCUGUUUAAAUGCCAUUAAAUGUAAA